AUGGGUGCAGGCCAGCCGGACGCGGGAGCAGCACCGGCCCAGCGCCCUAGUGGAGCUUCCCGCACCCCCGGGCAGCGGGGCUGUGCCAGCGGGAGGCCGGGCGCCCGCGGGGAGCGAACCGCUGGGCCUGGGCGGGAUGUGGAGCCCCGGCAGGGCCAGGGACCCGCCGACACCGCCCCCGCGCCGCCCGCGCCGCCCGCGACACCCGCGCCGGCCCGCGGUGCCCACCCGCCGCUCGCCGAACGCCUCCGGACGCUCCGCCUCGAGCUGGCCUACCUGCGAGCGGUGGACGUGAAGAUCCUGCAGCAGCUGGUGGUGGUGAACGAGGGCAUCGAGGCGGUCAAGUGGCUGCUGGAGGAGCGGAGCACCCUGACCAGCCGCUGCAGCAGCCUGGCCAGCAGCCAGUACAGCCUGGUGGAGAGCCAGGAGGCCUCACGGAGGGGCAGCUGGGACAGCCUGCAGGACCCCAACGACAGGCUGGACAGCAUCUCCGUGGGCAGCUACCUGGACACCUUGGCUGAUGACAUGGAUGAGUACUCCCACAACGCUGCUGAAAGUGCCGCUGCAGCCACAUCGGGCAGAGCCCUGGCCAGGGCAGAGCAGGAUUGGGUCAGGAUCGACCUCGAGAGGGGUCUUGCAAAGCAAGAGAAGGACACAGAGGAGCACGAGUGGCCCCACGUGGACCUCUCCCCACCUGGGUUGCCCCAGGAUCACCGGUUUGCUGAGGAGCCCCAGGUGGCCAAUGGGUAUUUGGGCCAGCAGUCCCCCUCUCUGGAACCAGACAGAGACACCAAAUCACCACCAGGGGCCAGGGAGAAGCUGGGGAAGGGAAAUCCAGAUGGGAAGGCUUGGAAAGCUGAGGCUGACCUUGAGAACUGCAAACUCAACAGCAAACUGCACCUGGAGUACGAUGCCCACUGGCGCUGGCUCCAGUCACAGGAUGAUGUGACAUUCUUAUAGCCCGUGGCUUUGCCUUCCCAGCCCAGCUCUCCCAGCUGCCCACUCUGCUUCACUUCUCUGUGCUUGGGAGAGUUGGGGUGGCUGGAAAGGGGGGCCAGGCUGGCUUGGUGGGUUGCACUGUUCCUCUGAUGGCCCAAACAGCAUUUGGUGAUGCAGCCAUAAGGGACUGGGUGCCUGCCCUGCAGCACAUUUCUGGGAGAGGAGGGGUGAAGUGGGUCCUGGUAGAUUUAAUCCUUUGCUCUAAGGUGUUGCUUGCAGGUGGUUGGAUGCCCCUCUGUUGUCCUUGGUGGUGGUGGGGAAAUCUGGAACAGUGGUGUUCCUGGGAUCUCUCCCUCUAAUCUUCAGCUUCGUUUGUGCAAAAAACUGGAGACCCUUCCCCCAAAAUGACUACCCUGGGAGGACAGGAGACACUGCCAUGCAGCCACAGCUUGGUGGCACCAGCAUGCUCAGUGUGGGGCAGGACCAUCAGCAGGGCAUCCCUGUUGGAUCUGCUCAUUUCCAUCAUUGUCUUCAAGGCCAGUGUCCAUCCAGGGCAGAACAGACCUGGGGUUUGGCCCCAGCACGUGGUGGAUGCAAAAACACGCUUCCCUGCAGGUGAAGCCCUGCCUGGUUUAGAUGCCUCUGUGAAGGCAGUCGGAGGUGGGGCUGGGGAGCCUCUGUCCGUGCUCUGCAGAGGAAGGAUGAUGGUGCAGGCUUCCCCAUGUGAUGGCAUGAGAACAACAAAGCACUGGGUGGGAA